AUGCCUGGUCGGGGCAGCAAAAGCUCUUUGUCAAGUUCUUGGGGCCGGCUGAAGCCAGUGGAACAAGAUCCUCUGCAGAGCAUGGGAUUACCAUCAAAAGGAGAUGCUCGAUUGCUUGAUUAUAAAACCCAAGAGAAUUUCUACACCAAUAUUGUGGACAAAUACAUGGCAUUCUGUUCCGAGGCGGGGCAACGGGACGAGCUUCUACGCCGCUUAUCUUCCCUUCAUAUCGAUGUGAUGCCCGCUGCCGGUAGUCAUAUACCAAUCCCUCAAUAUCCUAAUAGCAGUGCUGGAGCUUCGCGUUUCAUUCCUCCCAAUUAUAUGUCAAGCGCCAACGAUCUCUCCGGUAUUCUGGCAGCUCUACGAAAACUCAGAGAAGGCAUUGUCGCUUCAAACCGUGUCGAUGAUUUUUCGGCACAAGCAUACUUAUUCUGUAUACGCUUGUCUGUCUUGGCGAAACAGCCAGAAUCAUAUCAUGCUGCUAUAUUACACCUUUUGAAUGUAAUUCAUGUCAGACACCCGCUUACAUCAUUGGAAGUUCAAGAGGUAGUUGGAUAUCUUGUGCUGGACACAGCGUGUCGCAGACGACAGCUUGGGGAGGCUAUUGCGAUUCGCCAGCAAUUCAAGCUGCAAGAUGAGAAAGCGUAUCCAGAAAAAUGUGGACGGCCAUAA